AUUAUGUUCGGUCUCUAUAUCGACGUGUUUUUCUUUGUAAUGUCGAUUCAAUAGUAUAUUUUUAGAAGCUCUCUGUAAUUUAUAUUUUCUAGCUCAUCAUUCGAAGAAAUCAAUUAACUUUCGUUACUUUUAUUGAUUUUUCUAAAGAACGACUACUACAUUGUAACAAAAGUGCUCUAAGAAUUGAAUAAAUUAAUAACAAAAUUAUAUUACUUGAAAAAAUCAAAUGAUAUUUAUGUUAUACAUAACACGUAUCGAUUGGUAAUAUAGAAAUCUAUUGUGUAACCCUGGUCGGUAGAAUCAGAAUUUAUUAUUAAAAACUGAGUUAAUGUAUCAGUGAGAAUUAAAGAGAAAAAAAGAAAAAAAAAAAAGUUGUAAAUACUUUCUAAUUGGAUUGGCUCGCAAAUUUGUUAUCUCUUUAUUAUUUCUAACGAGCCAAUCAUUUUUCAUCAUUGUAAAUCAAUAGACCAAUAGAAUGUGACCUUUGCGUUGGAUUCAUAUCACCUGGAUUUAUUCAAAAUUCAAAAUAUUUUAUAUUUAUCUCAGAAUACAUUGAUUCUCGUUAUCAGUGUGAUAAUUCGAUCGAUCCUUUAUAGAUUAUUUUUUUCUUUUUGUUACUUAAUACUUAAAAUUAAUAUCUCGGGAAUAUUCUAACGAAGUGUACACGUACAAACUGCGAAUAAAACAGCUGAUUUACUAUGUGUUGGUUAAUAGUAUUCUCUAUGUAUUUGUGAGUGUAUAUGGAAAAAAAAAUUAUUACGUAUUUAAUCAAUUAUUUGUAUGAAGAAAUCGAUAAUAUGAUAACUUUAUAAUACUUCACGGUUUCACGGUUAUAACGUAUAAAUGUAGAUAUGCUGAAACCAAAUAUUUUUUUUUUCUUUUUAAAUAAUAACGAAUAAACAGUUUCAUGAAUCACAGAUAAGGAUAUAUCUGAAAUAUUAUUGACCUUUAUUUUAAACAUACGUAAAGUGUUUUUAUUCGAUAAUCGUGUAAUAUUAAUAAAAUAAAAGUUUCAAGUUAUUGUCAAUUGAAAUAUAUCAGAUGUUAAAACACUUUCGUUUUUAUUUCUUUUCAUUAUGAUACUACACUCAAAGUUUUUUUAUAAUGCAAGACGAAGAUCUGAAAUAAUAUUGUCUAGAUUAUUUUUAACUGAUCAAGUUAAUGCUUAUAAGCAUACCUUUCAUCAAAAAGACAAAACAUAUGCAAAUGAAAAAGAAUUUAAAAAUUACUUUAACAUAAAAUAUGUAAUCGGUUUUGUGAUAACUGGUUCACUUUUAGGUAUAUAUUUUUAUAAUUUAUCCCAAAAACAAAUACAGACAUUUAAACAAACUAACGAUAUUGAAUGUGGAAAUUUAAGAAAAGAUCUUAAAACUUAUACGUUAGAAGAAGUGGGAAAACAUUAUAAUAAAGAAAAUCAUAUUUGGGUAACUUAUAAAGAAGGCGUAUAUGAUAUUACGAAUUUUGUCGAGCAACAUCCUGGUGGUUCUUCUAAAAUCAUGAUGGCAGCUGGAAGCUCGAUAGAACCAUUUUGGUUGAUUUUUGCUAAUCAUAAUACACCAGAAAUAUACGCUCUUUUAGAAUCUAUGAGAAUUGGUAAUAUAUCUAAAACAGAUGCCAAGUCUAAUAUUAGCGAUUUAAAUGAUCCAUAUGCGAAAGAACCUUCUCGACAUAGAGCUUUAAAGAUCAAUGGUCAUAAGCCAUUUUGUGCAGAAACACCGUCUUCUUUAUUAAUUGAAAGCUUUAAUACACCGGCAGAUCUUUUUUAUGUUAGAAAUCAUCUACCUGUUCCUGAGAUAGAUUUAAAAACUUACACAGUAGAAAUAGCUAUAGAAGAAGAUACAAAAAAAACUAUAGAUUUUGAAGGAAUAAAGAAAUAUCCAAAAUAUACAGUGACAAGUGCUAUAAUGUGUGGUGGAAAUAGACGUUCAGAAAUGGCAGAGGUAAAACCAUUAAAAGGUCUCAGUUGGGGUGUAGGUGCUGUUGGUAAUGCCACUUGGUCAGGAGCACGUUUGUGUGAUAUAUUAAAAGAUUUAGGAAUAAAUGAAGAAGAUUAUGAUCACGUACAGUUUGAAGGUCAUGAUGUAGAUCCAUCGGGAAUGCCAUAUGGCGCAAGUAUUCCUAUUAGUAAAGCCAUGGAUCCUAGGGCAGAUGUAUUAUUGGCAUAUGAAAUGAAUGGGCAGCCUAUACCAAAAGAUCAUGGAUUUCCAAUUAGAGUAAUUGUUCCAGGAGUUGUAGGUGCGAGAAAUGUUAAAUGGCUUGACAAAAUAAUUAUUUCUAAGAUAGAGAGUCAAUCACAAUGGCAACAAGGUGAUUAUAAAGCUUUUUCUCCUAAUACUGAUUGGGAUAAUGUAGAUUUUUCAAAAGCACCAGCUAUACAAGAGAUGCCUGUCAUUUCUGCUAUUUGUAAGCCAGAACAAUCAGAACAAGUCAAAAUAAAAGAUGGCAAAAUAGAUGUUAAAGGAUAUGCAUGGUCAGGUGGAGGUCGGAAGAUAAUUAGAGUUGAUGUAACAUGUGAUAAAGGUAAUACUUGGCAUACUGCUGAUCUCAUAAAACAGGAUCUUAAUGCUAAAGAAGGUCGACAUUGGAGCUGGACAUUAUGGAGUAUUAAUCUUCCUGUUGAUACAAAAUUAAAGGAAGUAGAGAUUUGGUCUAAAGCCGUUGAUUCGUCUUAUAACGUUCAACCGGAAACAGUAAAAAAUAUUUGGAAUUUACGAGGUUUCUUGUGUAAUGCAUACCACAGAGUAAAAGUACAAUUAAAUUAAUACGUGACAUAGUAGUAUGAUUAUAAGAUACAAAAUUGUCUCUCUAAUUUUUAUGAAAUAAUUAAUACUUGUUUUGUAUUAUACAUGUAUUAUUAAUUAAUAAUUAUUAUAAAAAAUAAUUUCUAUCAAAA